UCAUCGCCCAGCGUUCGCUCGUCAUGCCGCGGCCGGCCGGUCUGGGGGGGAGGUUGUGGUCCUGAGCCUAGCCUACACUCUAGUCGCACGUCGCACACAAGCUCCAGCUUCCGCGGUACAAUGUGGUCUUUUUGGCAGAUCGCUAUCUCAGCCGCCCUCGCAGCUGUCGUCUGCGCCCAAGACUAUGGCAAGUGUGGGGAGCGGGGUAGUCCUAAACACGGAAGGAUGAGGGUGAUUCUGCAGCGACCUGCCGGCAUCAUGGCGGGGUACAGCUGCGAGCCAGACUACCUCCGUGUGGGGAGUGUUUACAGCUUCUGUAUACAAGGCACCUGGACAACCCCUCUGCCCAAGUGCGUCAGGAGACCCUCAAGUGCCGGUGCACGAGAGGUAAAUGAUGAGGCAGAUCAGAACCCAGGCGUGCUGGUCAGUCUUGAAGAAUUACCCUCAACACAACGAAGUGAAAUAGUUGAAAGGACUAUUAAAAACAAGCAAGUGAGAAAGAAGAAAAAGCGAAAGAGGAAAAGGAAAUAAAAAGAGGAAGAACUCAUUAACUGGUGCAAGAAGUGUUGCAACAGUCAGCAAAAAUUGGGAUAUGUCCUGUUUACUCAACUCCUCUACAGAGGAUCCGAAGUAUGUUAGACCUCCUCAAGUUCCAAACUCUAUGGGACCAAAGUUUGUAAGGUGA